UUACUUACCUACAACAAAAAAAAAAAAAAAAAAAAAAUAGGCACAAUUAAAAUUAUUUUUGUUUUUCUAGAUGUUAAAAUGUCAAAAGACAAAAACAAUCUUAAAGUAGAAUCAUUAAGAGUAAAAUCGUAUAAGCAACAAACGGACCCACCAGAAAAAUGUAUCAAUCUUAAAAAAACAAUAAAAGACUCAGAAAAGGGCGCCAAUACAUGCACUAAAGAACAAAAUGAAUAUUCUAACCUUAGUGAAAAAAAAACGCAAACAAAAGGCAAGGGUAUAAAAAUUGAAAAAAGCAGAAUAGGCCUUAUAAAAAAUCGUAACACAACUGUAGAAAAAAAAAAAGAAACAAUCAAAUCGAAGUCGCCAUAUAUAACAAAUGAUACUAAAAAUAGUAAAGACGGUAAAAACAAAUAUAACAGCAAAAAUAAGGAAAACAAAAGUGUUGUAACUGACAUAAAUAAAGGAUAUACAAACAAUAUAAAUAAUAAAACAAACAAACAUAAAUCCAUUAAAUGCGAUAAUAAUAAUAAUGAUAAUAAUAAUGGUCAUAGUGAACAAAAACAAUCACAGUUAAAAAAAAUAAAUAGCAAUGAUGAAUUCCUUAUUAACCUUUUAAAAAAAAAAGAUAUACAUACUCAAGGAGUGAAAUAUGAAGAAGCCAAAAUAACUGAAAAGAAAAAAAAAAAUCCUCAUCAAGUAGUCAAUCAAUGACAGAUAGCUCAAAAAGUGAUGAUAUCGAUACGGUAGAUAUUUUAAAUGAGUAUAAAAAAAAAAAAAAAAAAAAAUUAGAACAAGAAAAAAAAAGGUUAAUAAAAGAAAGAAAAAAAAAACUAAUAAAAAAAUGUACAUAUAAAGAUGCAGCAACUCAAGUUGUUCUUGACAAUUUUACUGAAUACUAUGAAAAGAUAAAGCCAAAAGUUGAUACCAUAGUAGAUGAUAUUAUAAACAGGGCGUUGAAAGAAUUAUAUGAACAGCAAGAACUAAAUAAGA